GAAGUACCAGUAACCUAAUGAGAAAGUUUUGAAUGCAAUGUUUUGAAGGAUUUACUUGUGAGGCCGAUUCGGGAAAUGAAUCUGCUUCCCCAUACUGAUCCAGCCUGGAUUAGUUGCACUCUCUGGAAAGAGGGAGGGAUUUUAAAGGAACGCGAAAACACACGGGAAUCUCGUUUUCGAAGGCUGGGCAAAUAUCUGGAAUUCCGCUUCCGUUUCAUGGAAAAAAGUUCAGAUAGGCGGAUGAUCACGGACAUUAGUUGUUAAAUAUAACUUACUUUUGCCUGACGGUGAAGUUUUAAAAUUCAGAUGGCGUCCUCUCCGCAAAAAUCUCCGUCCUCACCCAAAUCACCCACUCCUAAAUCGCCGUCCUCCAGAAAGAAAGAUGACUCGUUCCUGGGGAAACUUGGAGGAACUUUGGCAAGAAGGAAAAAGGCCAAGGAAGUGUCUGAGCUUCAGGAGGAAGGGAUGAAUGCCAUCAACCUGCCUCUGAGCCCAACCCCCUAUGAGGUGCAUCCAGAGGACACCUUGCUAGAGGAAAAUGAGGUCCGCACCAUGGUUGACCCAAACUCCAAAAAUGAUCGCAAGCUCCAAGAGCUGAUGAAGGUGCUCAUUGAUUGGAUUAACGACGUACUGGUCGGGGAGAGGAUUAUCGUCAAGGACUUGGCUGAGGACCUGUACGACGGACAGGUUCUUCAGAAGCUCUUCGAAAAACUGGAGGGGGAGAAGCUGAAUGUGGCGGAGGUCACUCAGUCCGAGAUUGCUCAGAAGCAGAAGCUGCAGACAGUGCUGGAGAGGAUCAAUGAUUCUUUGAAGGUGUCCACCAGGAGCAUUAAGUGGAAUGUCGAUUCUGUUCAUGCGAAGAGCAUAGUGGCCAUUCUUCACCUACUGGUGGCGCUUUCCCAGCAGUUCAGAGCGCCCAUAAGACUGCCUGACCACGUCUCCAUUCAAGUUGUCAUCGUUCAGAAACGGGAGGGUAUUCUGCAGUCUCGUCAGAUUCAGGAGGAGAUCACUGGAAAUACUGAGGCUCUGUCCGGAAGGCACGAGCGAGAUGCCUUCGACACGUUGUUUGACCAUGCUCCCGACAAGCUGAAUGUUGUGAAGAAGACUCUCAUUACCUUUGUGAACAAGCACUUGAAUAAACUGAACCUGGAGGUGACCGAGUUAGAAACACAGUUUGCCGAUGGUGUAUAUCUUGUCUUGCUGAUGGGGUUGCUGGAAGGCUAUUUCGUCACACUGUACAAUUUCUUCCUCACUCCGGAAAACUUUGAUCAGAAGGUGCACAAUGUGUCCUUCUCCUUUGAACUGAUGCAGGAUGGUGGCCUUGAGAAGCCAAAACCUAGGCCUGAGGAUAUUGUGAAUUGUGACCUGAAGUCAACACUGCGAGUACUUUACAACCUCUUCACCAGAUACAGACAUGUGGAGUGAAUGGUUGGUGCUUAGAGGAUAUAUUUUCUAAGCGGACCACGUCUUCUUUGUAUCUUUAUCUGUUACUGUGUUACUUAAUAUUCGUUUGGUGAUCGCUUGUGUGAAUGGGGGGGGGGUGUAAGUACAGGGUACAAUUCAAAACCAUGUGAGUGAACUCAUCCCAGUAUGUAAAGCCCAGUACACUAACACCUUUUUAUGUUCAUUCAAUGCACAAUCUUUUUAGUCACUCUGUAUAUGUUAAGGUAUGCAGCAAUACAGUAUGCUUCCUGCUUUGGCACAUUCCAACGCUGCAAAGUGGAGAAACAACUUUACCACUUCAAAGUCUUGUCCAAUUCUGAAAGAGAAAGUGACAUGAAAAUGUUGCCCAUAUUAUUUUUUUUGUAUUACACUGUAUUUGUAAUUUUAUUUUGUAUCUUCUUUCUGUAAAUAUACCUACAUAUGCAACAUGAGACAUUUCAUAUUACACUGCUCUGUGAUAGAUACAACACGAAGAAUCUGAAUGUAAUGAGCCCAGAAGCUAUUUCUAUUCAGCAUUAACAUGAGUCCUUUGUCCCGUGAUUACAACAUGGCAACUAAAUUACGGACACCGUACUCACAGUAAAUGAAAGAGAUGGCAGUUUGCCAGAUAUUAUUCCCCUUUUAGCAUGGGCACACCUUGAGGGGCAAUGUGACGAUGCUUUGAUGAAACCGAAGAAUUGGCCUGAUUUAUUAAGUGGACACUUGGUGUGAAGCAGACUCUGUAUGACAGAAUAAUGAUCUUGUGGUUACGGUAGCUUAACAUGUUACCCCUUUGUAUUUGCAAGGUUUUUAUGUAACACAAAACAUGUCAACCUCAUGAUCAAAGUGCCUCUGUUUAUUCAGAUUUUAUGUAUUUAUCAGCAGAAAAUGACACGUAUAUCGCCACAUCCGUGUAUCAGACAUUAAAUGAAGGUGUGAGUGAAAUGUAAUGAAGACAAUAUAAAAUAAAAGUGCUUAAAGAAAAA